AAUAUUUGUGCAUCAUCUGAAAAACUGAAGGAAAGGCACCCACACAUCUAGUGACGGUAUUUAUUAUGUUUUACCUGUCUGCAAUGACAGAGGCUGCUGCCUCUACGGAUGUUUCCAAGUAUUGAUACGAAAUUUCAAACCAAACAAGGAAGCCCUGCCACCAUGUUUCUGUAUGGGCUCAUAUUUGCUUUGAGCUUCUUACAAUGGGUUGAGGGACAAGACCAAACCAAGACAGCUGUUGAUGUCAACAAAGAUGCACAGCUAUCUUUUUCAAGGUACCCAAACAAACCCUCAGAUUCCUAUAUGGAUGACACACUAGCUUUGGACCUCGACGGUUUCACAGAUGAGGAUUCUAUUGAAGACUACAUCGAUUUUGACAAGCUGCUGAAUGAAGAUGAGGACUACCCAGACGAAAUCGAUGACAUAAAUGAAGAUGGCUCCACCGGCGUGACAGUUAAUGCAGAAAAACUAGUGGAUGCAUCAUUCAAUAAAAAGUUAUUCCUGAGAAGAUUCCAGGGGAAAACUCGUAUCCAGCGACUCUCCAUUGUCAACAGCGACUUCGCAUUCAAUCUGUACCGAUCCGUAAGCGAGUCCACUCCACCUGGGGAGAACCUCCUUCUGGCUCCUCUGGGCAUCUCUUCUACCUUGGGCAUGAUAUCGCUCGGAGCAAAUGGAGGCACACAUGAAGAAAUCUACAGAGCCUUAGGGUUCGAGAGCCUGGUAAAUUCUAGCUCCAAGUACAACAUUUCGACCGUGCACAAGCUCUUUCACAGGCUGAAUCACCGCCUUUUUCGCCACAACUUUGGCUACACGCUCAAGUCUGCAAGUGCCCUAUAUUUACAACGCAGGUGGCCUCUGCUGCCAUCCUACCAACAAUGCCUCCGGAAGACAUACUUUGCAGAGGCUCACACUGUUGACUUUAAAGACCCUGCGACAGUGCAGCGUAUCAGUCACUGGGUGUCAAGUGUCACCAAGGGGACAAUAUCCGAUGCGGUGACCAACAUUGAUCCGAGCACCGUAUUCCUGGUCAUCAACAGCGUGUAUUUUAAAGGGCCAUGGGAGAUUAAGUUCUCAAAACAUCAGACCUCCAUGCGGUCAUUUCGGUUGAACGACAAAGAGUCCGUCAAGGUUCAAAUGAUGCAAACCAAGGCGAGCUUUUUGGUUACCACGGACCAUGAGCUGGGCUGUGAUAUCCUCCAGCUUGCCUACCAGGGCAAUGUGAGCAUGAUUUUGGCAGUACCACACAAGCUGAAGGGUGGCCUCAAAACACUGGAACGUGCCCUCUCCUUUGAUCUCCUAGAGAAGUGGCUCCAAGCAAUGACUAACAGAACACGCGAUGUCAUCAUUCCCAAAUUCAACUUGCAGCAGAAGUACGAUCUCAAAAAUAACUUGAAAGAGAUGGGAGUGACCGAGUUGUUCCAAGCCAAUGCAGACCUGUCUGGGAUGACUGGUGCCAAGGAUGUGCAAGUUAGCUCGUUCCAGCACCAGGGCUUCAUAAAGAUUGACGAGGAGGGGAGCGAAGCAGCGGCCGUCACUACAGUUGGCUUCACGCCGCUCACAUCCCACAACCGCUUCGUUGCUGACCGCCCAUUUGUUUUCAUUGUCUACGAGCAUCACACUAUGAGUGUGCUUUUCUUGGGCCAGGUGUCCAACCCAGCUAAGAACUGAACAAGGUUUAAUAAAAAACAAAAGUAUGCACGUAUAGGUAAGGGCUAAAAAAGUUAACCCGUAAAAACAAAGUUUUUCACUAUAAAUCCUUUAUAUGCGUGGCGGCUAGAGUCCUCUCGUCCUCUGGCUUGAGAUGGCUGCCACCUAUGGGUCAGAUGAUUGCCUGCCACCAUUAAGCAAUUGGUAAUUAAAUAUAAUUAAUUUUUUCCUAAAAAGUGUAAAAUUUAGGAAAAAAAAUUUCACGAAAAUAAAUUGUCACGCACAACGAGUCUGUGUGCAAAAUGUCAACUCGAUUGGAUAACGGGAAGUGGGUUAAAAAACGACCGAAAGAUUUGAACGGUCGUAAGCGCGCAAGCAAGCAAGUGAACUUAAUAUAAAGGAUUUAAAAAGUGCAGAGAACGCAUGAUGGAUUUUCAAUGUCAUUUUACAAGUGAGCCAAACCAAACAACAUUAUUUACAAGGAAAGCUCUGCUGAAUCUAUAAAACAAGAACUUUGUAAGAGCUAUUUGAGAAACAAGACAGGAUGUCAGACAGCAGCACUUAAGAGGUAUCGCAUGGUGAGGAUUAGUUUAAACCACACCCAUGCCAUCUCACUUUUAUCCAGUAUAUUAAGCAUUUAAUUUACCUUUAGGCAGUGGUAUUGCAUUAAAUGUGAAAUAAAAUCAUCUUUGAAUUUCAUUAAAAUAAUGUACUAUGUUUAUUUAACUUAAUCAAUCUGGGGUUUUAUUAUACAGACCAAACUGACAUUAAAGUUCUAGAUUUGAAGCUUUCGUGACUGCAAGGAUCCAUUCUCUUAGUUUUUUCGGUAAAGUCACAUAGGUAAAAAAAUCAUUUUAAUUUCAUUUUUUUACCUACGUGACUUUACCGAAAAAACUAAGAGUAUGACAUAAAAGUGUCCUGUGGUGAGUCAGAUGCUGUCAAUGUCUCCCAUGAUGCUUUGCAAAGAAUAGUGUCGUAACAAAUUAUCUUAUUGUUCGUUAUGAUAAUCCCAUUCCAUUUCUCCAUGAAAUAUCUUUAUGAUGUCGUAGAGAUAAUUAAAUUAAUAUAUACUUCAAUAAUUUAAUAAUAAAGAAUUAGAUGUUAGUACUUACCACAGCAAUUACUGGAAUUAGUACUCCCAAAUUUCCAGCGCUGCUUGAGGCCUGUAAACAACCACGUUCAUUAUUAGUAAACAUUUAUUUCCCAUUUGGCAAACGUUAAUGCUUGAGGCUUCUAGAAACAAUUGUGAACAAAUUAAUUUAGAAUUUAUGAUUAUAUAUAUUUUAUUGCAUUUACAAGUGGAUGCAAAUAAAAGCUUGAUUCUAAAAAAGCAACAAACUAAAACAUCGAAAAUCUACAAGUAUUUAAUUUUAAACAUAUUUCCUCCCUAUUAAUUUAACUUCUUCUCAGCAUAGGUAACACCAGUUCAUAUUUUGUAUUGAAGUUGAAUAGUAUAUUCUACUCAUAUGCGAUCACUUCAACAACAAUAUCCUAUUACGAAAAGCAUAUCAACUAUAAAAAAGGAUCAACCACAUUUUAACUACAGACAAACGUUGUAAAAAUGACAAUUAUAGAUUGAUUUACAGCCUUAUCAUGAAAAAUGCACUUUGGUCCUUGUUAUCUCAUUUUUGUUUGAAACAUUAUCACAUGGAAUGUCACAAACAAACUUAUCUCUUGCAGAGUUACUGGCCUUUUAAAUAAUACCGAGUUACAUUUUAACCAGCUGCCCACUUUGCCUCAAACACAUUCAUAACCCUAUGGUUAAAAUGUACACUUUAAAAUGAUUAACCUUCAGCAUUUCAAUUAAACGUAUAAACAAUAAAACACAACAAAACAUAAUGACAUAUUUUAACGCUAUAUUUAAUGAUAUGGAGUCAUGAAUCCAUGGCAAUGGGUUGAGGAAGGCCUUCAUCCUGCAGCAGAUAGAUCAUGGCUGAUGAUGAUAUAACAAGAGUAUUACUUUUUUAUAUUUAGCAUUUUCUCUUCUGUAGCAUGGUUCGCGAAGGCUCUUUUGUUAAUAAAAACAAGAGCAUUUAUCUUUGAAAACCAUAUCACGUGACAGCAAAUCAUAACUUAACAUCCCACAAUGGCAUGGAAGGAUUGAAAAUGCUAUAUAUGAAACGGUAUUAAUGUAAACAUGUUUUGCCGUAAUUUGAAGUUAUGAUUUAACUAUAUAUCAGUAUCAAUUAAUAUCACAAAUCUAUAAUUGUUUGCAAUGCGAGUUUUGAUCACAUGUUGUACUCAUAAAAAACAUAUUUGAAGGCCUCCCCAUAGCCAUGUCGGUUAUGGGGUUUGUUUGACCAUACUUCUGUACGAUAGCCAGUACAGGUAGGUGAAGGGAGAGGGGUCUAGGACUCGUUAAGAUAUUACCGGCCACUGGUGUUAGCCACGACUGGGAAUUGAACUCAGGUCACCCGGUUCAUACCACGGUGUGCAAACAACUGUGCCACAACUGCUCCAUCGCGUUUUAAUGCAACCCAUUAAAAAAAACCUAAGACGUGAAAAGAAAUCAUGUGUUCCUCCACGUGUUGCUGUAACCACCCAAGGCCCAUGCUGGCAUUGCCAUUUGGGGAUGUGUACCGGCGGUCAGUGGUGUAAGUGUGGCUGGCAUGGGCAAUGGUGCCAGGAAUUAAAUAAAGCCCUCCCCCCUCCUU